AUGGAUAGAUUCUGGACGACCGCCGGCCACAUCUCCCUUCUCACAGCUCUGGUCCCUCAGCUGGUUCAGGCCCAAACUUUGGCCCAGCGGAAGCCGUGGCUGGUGGGGCUGGGGGCUGCGCUGGCCUUCCUCUUCCUCCUCUUCGUCCUCACCUUGGUCUAUGCCAUCUGGUGCAGCGAGUCCCGGGACAGCGAUAAAGAGAAGGAAGAAAAGACUGUGAGAAAGGAGGAGAAGGAGGGAGAGGACGACUGGGGGCUGGAAUUGGAGGAGAAAGAGGGGCCUCCGAAUCACGAAGCAAUGGCGAGCUCUUCCACGUGAAGGCUUCCCAGUCACCUCCUCCAGGCAGCCCCCAGGGAUGCCUCAAUGCUUUUCUCAAACCCAUGUCACUGGUCCUGGGGCCAGUGAGAUGACUGCAUCUGGGAUUCAGUGUAAAGCACCCUUGAGUGCAGAGGACUCAGGACCUGCCCCAGGUCCCUCUUGGAGGGCUCU